UCUCAACUAGCCAACUCGUUACAGUUAACAUAAAAACGACGCCGUUAUUCCCUCAGUCCUCUUCUUCUUCCCACUUCCCCUACAUUUCUAAAACCCUAAUAACACAAUUCUCUGCAAAUCACUGAAAAUGGCAUCAUCUUUAAUUUCAAAAACAAGACUCAUUUCUGGGAUCCGUGCCCCAUCAAUAGUUUCCACACUCUGCACAGUUACAGAAACCCGAACCCAAAAGUUAGAACGUAUCGCUGACCAACUUCUAGACCUAAAUAAGAUCGAAAAAUAUGAUUACGCCAUUCUAUUCCGUCACAAAAUGGGCCUUAAUCGAUAUGGGCCUGCCGUUUCGGGUCUGGGUUCCGGAUCUUCAUCAACUGGGACCGGUGGAGCGGCUACAGAUGCAAAGGUUGAAGAAAAAAUUAUAUUUGAUGUAAAGCUUGAUAAGUUUGAUGCGGCGGCUAAGAUUAAGGUGAUUAAGGAAAUUAGGUCUUUUACUGAUUUGGGCUUAAAGGAAGCUAAGGAGUUAGUGGAAAAAGCGCCAGCUGUGGUGAAAAAAGGAGUAACCAAAGAUGAAGCUGAUGCUAUUAUUGAAAAACUCAAGGCAAUUGGUGCCACAGCGGUAUUAGAAUAAAUUUUCCAAUGUUCUUAUACUCUAAAUUCUUAUAUUUUAA